AUGGAGCUGGCGGAACUGAUUGACGAUUCGACAUUCUGCACAAUGAAUGACGAAGCCCCCACCAGAGUUAUGGGCACCUGUAACAGCUCGCCCGAUAUUACCAUUGCUAGCGGUGGUCUCAUAAAUAGCAUAACCUGGCAACCUAUGCUAACUCUCGCAUCAGACCAUCUGCCCAUAAUUAUCUCGAACGAGAAACCUCCCGAUUUCGUUUCUGUGGGUAACCGUACCUUCUUUACCGUUCACUUCAUCCCGGCUGGAAGAAUAGCGGAAAUCCGCCCCAAUAUCCCAGCCGCUUUAGCUAAUAAGCGCGACACCUUACGCCAUGCCGAUCCCGGGGAUCCCCCAUUAAAGGAUCUCAAUUUGGAGAUUCGGCGAAUGGUAAAUCAACAUAAGCGGACGAAAUGCAUAGAGCACCUGAAGUCAUGCAACCUCUCCACCGGUGUGAGUAAGCUUUGGGAUACUGUCAAAGCUUUGUCUAACCCGAAGAGACACGACGACCGAGUUGAGGUUCAAUUCAAUGCACAUAGCGUCAUAAACGCUCAGAUAGUUUGUGGCCUCAACCAGAAGCCACCAUGCGAGAGAACGAUCCUCGUAGCGUUGGACUUGUCAAAAGCUUUUGACACACUCAACCACACAACGCCAUUGCAGGACAUUGAAAAAACCACGCUUCUUCCGUCAGGGUUAAAGAGGUGGACCAUGAACUACCUGAACGGUCGUCAAUCAUCCGUACUAUUUCGAUGUGAAACAUCCGAACUGAGAAGAAUUAAAUUAAAG